AGCAGCUCCACAAUGCGCAUGCACUCUACCAUGUCUGCUUCUUCAGACUCGAGCGCUACCGAUGUAGAGCAAGGUAACGAAAACCAUCCGCCGCAGCUAUCGGCGCUGUUCCUGAUCGUAUUCGAUCAGAAAGUUGGUUAUACAGUCGCUUGGAAACGAUGCUCCACUGAUGUAUCGCUUGAUGGCGCCGUCGAGUUUAAGUCGCUGCCUUCCGGCUUACAUGCCGUCAAAUCCGACCUCGUAUACUUCGUACACGAAGGCUAUGCCGGCCUGAGCGCAUUCUGCAACAAGCCCGCAUCGGCAGCAGAGCGCAAUGCGCAUUUCGUCGCAGUUGGCAUACUGGUACCGCUCAGCUAUGGGCGCCUAGGACGGAGCUGGCUUCACGCAGGCAAGCUAGAGAAAUUGGCGAGCGCCCUCGCCGACGACGCGACUGCCACCGCCCCGUUGGAGGAGUUCUGGGAAGAGCAAUCGAAGCCCAGUGCUUCAGGUUUAUCUCCUAAAAUUCUGCAGAUGAAGACGCAUAGUAGAGCGAGAGCACUGUCGACGAUCACGGCGGUGAUACCUUCGGAACAGUCGCUUCCUGCAUAUCAUCCGGCGCUUUCGAUACUGCAGUAUAUUGAUCUCUUUGGACCUCUGGUUUACCGAUUACAACAGGCUGCGCUGUUGCGGAAACGUAUAUUGUUCGUUGGCGCGCCGCCAGUAAGAGCUACGUGCGAGUUUGUGUACGAUCUAUCCGUCCUGUCAAGCCUUCCCAGUUCCCUCAGCGACCUCCUCCCCCCAGGUAGCGAAACCUUGCACCGUCUCCGAUCACUCUUCUCCCUCGGAAUCCACGAUAUACCCCUUCUAGAAAAGCUACGAACGCCCAGCCCUGAAGAUGAUCAGUCAUCUGGGAUUGAGCUGGACUCCCAGGGGCCCGGCUCCCACGGCUGGGUGGCAUGUACGACGGACGAGAUCAUUGCAACCAAAAAGCAGCUGUAUGAUAUUAUUGUUGAGAUACCCCCUACGUAUGACGCGGCGCCGCAGAAGCGAAGAUGGCCUACGAUUCGGAAUUCGGAUGGAACGCUGAUUAGAGCGAGCCAGAGGGAUGUGUGGCGGUACAAACUUCUACACCACGAGCUAUGGAAAUAUCGACGGGACUCACCGUCGAACGCAAACGGGGACGCCAGCACCAACGACAACAUCAACCAGGACGAGGACGAACGGGCUGCAUUAUUGAGACACAGCGAAUCACCAGAUGAAGAUGACUCCCUCAGUGAGACCUACGACGACAAAGUCGCAGAACCAAUGACAUGGUCCCAGCUCGCAUACUCUGGCUUCAUGUGGUGGGCAUCCGCGGGUGAAAAAGACGCCUACAUGAUCGAAGAGCGCGACCGCGACCGGGAAGUCCUUGGCGAUCUAUCCGAUUUCCAGACCGGCUUGCAUACGGCUGUUAUUGCAUAUUUUCACAGGCUAACAUGUUCCUUGGUUAGGAGGCUUGCAGCACUGAUUGAGGCGAUGGAUGAUGAGGAUGGCGGUGCAGAUGGGGAGCAAGAGGUGUUGGUAGUAACGCGAGAUGACUUAAGUCGCGUUGGGCUGGAUAGCUGGAGUGAGGGGGAUAAAGCGUUUGUGGAGGACUUUCUGUGGCUGUAUUUUGGGAGGAGGGCUGAGGUGCAGGGGGCGAAUUUGGAGUGCUGCGGGAUGCAAGUUUGUUAAAAG